AUGUUUAGUAAGAAUAGAUAAGAAUAAUUGAGAACAUUUAUGGCUGAGAAUUAAGAUCCAAUGGUUUUCACAAAUUUACUUCAAUAAUUGAAUUAUUCUGUAGAAAAAUGUUCAGAAGAGUUAGUGAAGAGCAAUAAUGAAUUAAAAAAUAUAAAAGUGUAAAAGAAGAUAAAGAGUGAUAUAAAAAAAAGAGCUUUUAGUUAAGAUAAUACAUGUUAUAAUCCGUUAUGGUUGAUAAAUAAAGAUAAAAGAAGGAUAGUGGAGAGACAUAAUUAAGAAUUUAAUACAUUUUUACCUUAAGUAAAACAAUAAAUUUGAAUAUGAGAGUUUGUUUGGAAUGAGAAAGAAAAAGAAAAAGAGGUAGAGUAACCAAUAUAAAGAUUGAAACAUUUAAGUCCAAUAAAAGGCACUAUUAAUAAGCCUAGGAUAUUAAUACCAAAAGAGAUAAGAAAAAAUCCAUAGAAUCAAAGGAAAAGGAUAUAUGAGAGUUUGAUUUAUAAAGAAGGACUUAGUAAUUUGAUAAAUAAAGGAUUAAUUGAUAAACAUAUAGAUGUUGGUCCAGCUUUUGAGUUUAGUUUGAUGCUAAUGUGAUAAAACG